UACCUGAAGUUGAUAAUCUGAAAAACACAUAAAUAAGAUCAAUCAGAAACAAUUAUUAUGUCAGCCUAUAGGAACAUGACAGUAUUAUGAACCUGGGUUUGAUGACACUGUUGUGCAUUAUACUUGAAGAGACAUCACAAUACAUAAAGAGUUAAUCACCAGCUACAAAUUAACCAUACCGUAUCAAACACAGGAAAAUAAUGACUGUAGCAUGUGUUAAAAGAUGUAGAUGCAACAGACACAAAAAUCUUAAGUAAAUGAAACUUGGAGCUUGACUAAGUUGUCUUUACUUUAAAGUUAUUGUGAUGUUUUAUCGACAGUACCUCUCUAUGUCUGUGCUAAUAUCAAGUCUAAAAGGGUUUAAAUUGUAGAUGUUGAACUUUCACCUGAAGUUACCUGUAAUAUAAAAUCCCUUGUAAAUAAAUAUUCACAGAUGCAAUUAGAUCAUGACAUUAUUAACUAAAGAAGGAAGGAGUAAAUCUUAAACUCAAGGUUUCUUUGUUUACUCCUAGAAGUAGGAUUAUUCUGUUGAGCCUCUAGAAAUUAGGUCUGUGGGUUGUUUUCCACUGAAAUCCACAGAGGUAUACAUUAUUCGCUGAUGAAGCAUUGUAACUCAAGUGAAAUCCCAGAAAAACACCAGGUCUAUGCACACAGCCCUGCUUGGCUCUUGUUGGUGCGAAACUCCUCCCUGGAUCACAUGUGAAAAGGGGAAAGGUUGUCAAUAUACUACAUGCCAUUCAAUCACGAUACUGGUUAUUUAAUUGAAUCAGGAGUAAUACAACACCUUCUGAAUGGACGUUGGCUCCUUUUGCAGACAGAGUGGUAAGAUAAUGUCCUUUUAUAUUAGAAGUUCAGAGGAGCCGUAAUAUGUUUGCAGAGUAAAAUGUUUAGCUGUCUUGCUUUGAUUUGGUUUAAAGGUUGAUGUUAUUUGAUGCGAAGACACUAAAAAGCCUGGAUUUCCUCAUGUUAAUGAAUUUGUCCGAUAAACCUUGACUGCAUGAUUAGAUUUCUAAUCAUGCAUGGGAAAUCACUCCAGAUUUUAUGGUUGCAUCCCAUGCCCUGCUAUUACUGAAUUUGAGUCUUAUGAUCGUCCCUUUUUCUGAAUGCUAAAACAUCCAGAAAAUUUGCCAGCAAGUUGAAUAUUGAGUAUAUACUAAGCCAAUUGUGUUUCUGAGGAUAUUUGGAGACUGCUAACUAUCGCUUACAUAAGAAAAUCUGAUUUUCCACACUGCCUGGUUCAAACUGUAAGAGUAACCGAAACAGUGCAGUGACCUGAGUGGCGUCAUGCAGUGUUAACUUGCUUGCCCAUAGCCCUUUAAGUCAAUAAAAGGAGUUCUGUCUGCCAAACAAGCUGUGUUUUUCGCUCAGCAAGUCAGAGGAAAGUCUGGGGAGGCAUUUGACUGCUCAUGUGGAAGCCAGCUUAAGUCAUGUGCUAGUCGCUCUCUGAUCAGCGCCUAAUGAGUGGAGAGUUAUGACGUCCACCUAAGUCUGUGUGAAGUCCCUGCACCCUCUGAGUGAGAACUGUAGUUUAGAUGGAACUGUUUCACCUUUCUUUUCAGGUUUAUUCUCCUUUUAAGUACUUUCUGAAGGGAGUACUUUAAAACUUCCAAGCUUUUAUACAACUCAAACCAGCACUGGACUGUACUGUGAGUAUAAGUGGCAGGUGGAGCACCCGGCUACACAAUGGCUGAUUGGGACUAUGACUAUCUGAUCAAGCUGCUGGCCCUAGGGGACUCAGGGGUGGGCAAGACCACCUUCCUCUACAGGUACACCGAUAACAAGUUCAACAGAAAGUUCACAACGACUGUGGGUAUCGACUUCAGGGAAAAGAGAGUGACAUACACAGGGACAGGUGCUGAUGGGACCCGUGAGAGGAACUUUAAAGUCCAUCUUCAGCUUUGGGACACUGCAGGACAGGAGAGGUUUCGUAGUCUCACUACAGCUUUCUUCAGAGACGCCAUGGGCUUUCUACUGAUGUUUGACUUAACCAACCAGCAAAGCUUCCUCAAUGUCAGGAACUGGAUGAGUCAGCUCCAGGCCAAUGCAUACUGUGAUAACCCAGAUGUUGUGCUGGUGGGAACCAAAGCCGACCUCAAUGACACCAGGAAUGUUCACACCAGGCAGGCUAAAGAUCUGGCAGACAGAUACGGCGUCCCCUACUUUGAGACAAGUGCAGUGACGGGUGUUAAUGUCGACAGUGCAGUGACAACCCUUCUGGACUUAGUGAUGAGGAGAAUGGAGCAGAGCACGUAUGGUGGGCACAGCCCUGAAGCCAAUGGCAGCCUUGCAGCCAGCCACGAGGUGGAAGAGGCGCCUGUCAGGAGGAGAUGUAUCUGCUGAUGUUAUCACCAGCAGUUACAGCUAUCUGCAUUUUUUAAAGAUGCUACUGUUUCCUACAGUGCUAAGUGAGUCAGUGGUAGUCAAAGAUAAACAAUUAUUUGAGAUUAGCAAAAUUUGGAUACACUCUUGAGAGAAAUAGCACUUUGGAAAUGUGAUCCGUUUUACAUGGAUCUAAAGCAUCCCUGUCCAUACAGUUUCUUGCUGGUAUUAGCUGUCAGUAAUGCUUAUAUAAACAACCUGUGUAUUGUCGAGGUGAGGAGGAUAAAGAGCAGUAUGAGCUUUAUAAGGAAUGUAUAUACUAACUUAAAAAAAGGUAUUAGUGUAAAUAUCUGGCAUGAUUUCUUGACAGAAUGUACUUGUGAUGGAAUAAAAAAGAAUCAGUUUCAAAUAAGUCACAUCAGAGAAAAAUACUAGUUUUAUUUGACACAUUGAGGCAUUGAUGGAAGGAAUAUGCAGGCACGUAACGUAUAUUUAUGAUGGAGUCUAAUCAAACUAUAUAUAUAUAUAUGUAUAUAUAUGUA